UGUCUCCAAUGUGCUGUGCAUGCCGGGCUGGUUCUCCGGGGCAGGUCUGAGUUUGCUGUUACUAGCUCUGUGUAUUACAGGCGAGUCCUUUACAUUGUGAUAAUCCUCGCCUUUCUGAAUCCGCAGCUGUUUGUUUUGUAAACAGGUGAAACGUUGGUAAAAUGUUCCUCACCAGGUCGGAAUAUGACAGAGGUGUGAACACAUUCUCUCCAGAGGGCAGACUCUUCCAGGUGGAAUAUGCCAUCGAGGCCAUAAAGUUGGGCUCUACAGCGAUCGGGAUCCAGACUUCAGAAGGAGUCUGUUUAGCUGUUGAGAAACGAAUCACUUCUCCUCUCAUGGAACCAAACAGCAUUGAGAAAAUCGUCGAGAUUGACUCGCACAUAGGCUGCGCUAUGAGUGGCUUGAUCGCUGAUGCCAAAACGCUGAUCGACAAAGCGCGAGUUGAAACGCAGAACCACUGGUUCACCUACAACGAAACCAUGACCGUGGAGAGCGUGACACAAGCUGUCUCUAACCUGGCGCUGCAGUUUGGGGAGGAAGAUGCUGAUCCUGGUGCAAUGAGUCGUCCCUUUGGUGUGGCGCUGCUGUUUGGAGGUGUUGAUGAGAGUGGGCCCCAGCUCUAUCACAUGGACCCAUCAGGGACCUUCAUUCAGUGUGAUGCCAGGGCCAUCGGCUCUGCAUCCGAGGGGGCGCAGAGCUCCUUGCAAGAGGUGUAUCACAAGUCCAUGACGUUGAAGGAUGCCAUCAAGUCUUCACUCACCAUCCUCAAGCAGGUCAUGGAGGAAAAACUGAAUGCGAUUAACAUUGAGCUGGCAACAAUAGAACCUGGCAAGACAUUUCACAUGUUCACAAAGGAAGAGCUGGAAGAAGUCAUCAAAGAUAUCUAAUGCGACUCGCGCUGCGGGCGUCUCUGACAGCUCUUGUCCCCCCGCGCAGCUCACCAGAACCGAACCUCCCUGGAGUCCUGAUUCCUUGUAGCUCUCUCAGCAGCUUGUACUUGUGGGGUUUCGUGACCCAAGUGAACACCAACUCCCCAGUUUGUAACGAGUUUUCGUUGAGAUUUUUACAAAUCUGUGCACGGGACUUUAACAGUGUUGGGGGAUUAAGAAAAGGAGGGGGGGGGAUCAUUUUUGUUAUGACUUGAUGCAUCAAUAAACUGUUCUAUUCAA